AUUCUUGUUUUUUUUUUGUUUGUGGUACGAGAUUUGGCGGAUUUAAAAAACAAUUUAGUUUAGAUUUUUGUGCAAUUAAAAGUUCCAAAUGGAUUGUAACGAAACUACGCGUAUUAUAAAUUCGGAAACAAAUGAACAAUUGCUAAGAACUCAUGAUGAAGAAUUAACCAAACUUCGUAAAUUACGUUUGGUAAUUAAGGAGCUCAAACAAAUUGACUGCACCCAGCUAAUGCUGCCUGACAAGGAACAAGUGAAAAAGGCCAUUGUGGUAAUAAAAAUUGGUGAAUAUCUUUAUUUAAAUGACAAAAAGGAUCAAGUGCUAAAUCUAGGUGUAGUUAGUUCCAUAAAUCUCAAUUACACUGAAAGAAAAGCUGUGCGUCAUCAAUUAACUAUAAAUAUGCUAAAGGAAAUGCAAGGCAUAAAUACUUUUAGUACUAAAUUACGCUCUGAGUUGCCAGAAGUAUUUAGCGAUAGCGACUCUUUGCAUACCCAGAUUUUAUCAUUGGAAAAGCAGAGGCGUGCCAAUUUGGAAAAUCUGAUACUGUUGCGAAAUCGUAAAUGCAAUUUUCUUAAAGUCGUCGCUGAGUUGAAAAUGGGUCCUUAUUUAGCCUGUGAAUUGGAGGUUAUGUUUGCUAAAGCUCGUCAUAAUCAAACCAAAGUUAAUCUCCUGCGCGGAUACUUUAUAAAUGAGUUGUUAACGCGCACCGAACACAAUUUGAAAGCCAUACGUGAGGUGGAAGGGUAUAUUAAUGAGGCUAUAGAGAAGGAACAAGAAGUUAGUAAUUAAUAAAACGUAUAUUGCUGGUUCAUUUAGUAAUAAAUAUUGUCUUUGUUUUUAAUUUA